AAGAAGAAUACUUUUCUUCACUCGAAAGAUCUUCAAGAUUCAAAACGCAAAGCAUACCCAAGCUUGCUUGCUUGCACUCCCCAUCCCUGAUCACUGCCUAGGACCAACCUUUGUGGGCGUAUGUUUUCUUCUAUAAUGCUUCUUCAAAUAAACAUCAAACUAUCAAAAGCAAAUCGUUGCUCAGGCUGAAGUUUUGGGGACAGAAUUAUUCUCAAACGAUGGACGCUUGGGUCAAGCAAACGAGGUUGAGAUUUCCUGGUGUCCACAAGGAAAAGACUGAAGAGGCUGGGAGCAUUAGGGAUCGAAGAAUACCACUUCAGAAGUCUCAAAGUUUCAAAGAGAAGAAGAAAUCUCAGAACUGGCUCCAAAGACAGUUCUCUAGGCAAAUGAGUCAGGAGCAUCACUCAGACAAUGGAAUAGAGCGUGCAGCCGCAGUGGCAGCUGCAGCAUUUGCCAUCAAAAGACUUGAAGAAACACACAUCCCAGAUCCAAAAAAGACAAGCCAACGACCCGAAACCUCUUUGACUGCAAUCAAGAGUAUAAAGGAGGAUAAACCAAGUUUGGCAGCAGAACCUGGGAGAACAUCCAAGCGAUUCUCAGGUGAAACAUCACUCAAAAUUCCUGGAAGCCAAGAAAGCGAGUUUCCAAUAACAGCAAAGACGCCCAUACAGCUUGUCCCUUCAAUUAAAAGGACUCCAACUUUUGUUGAACACUUGAACAGCAACAUCGGUUUGAACCCAGAAACUACGCCACCGAAAUCUGAACCUCCUGUCACCUUUAAAUCAACAAUACCACCAAACGAAAUCCAAAGGCAGAGUUCAACAAAACCUGGGACCCCACCAACUGUCACCAGACAGCAGAGUUCAAUGGGAUCUGUAAUUGAAGAAACAAAAGCAGAUGCUUGGGAGAAAGCUGAGUUGGCUAAGAUCAAACACAGAGAAUAAUUGUAAAAAAGGUUGGCAUGCUUAUCACUACUCUUCUUGAACAUGGAAAGAUGAGGCUGGAUGGAGUAGCUAAAAACAUGAGCUCUUCAUUCACUAACAGAUAGAAUUUCAGGUAUGAGAAGCAGAAAUCCACGAUAACUUCCUGGGAGGAAAAGAAGAAGGCAAAAGCCAGACGCAAACUAGAUAGGACAGAGGUUUUGCUCCAAUAUUCUCUUUUCCUAAGCUAAUCCAGAAUGAGUUACGUAAUAGGGAUUGAUAAUUUCUUUUUAGAUGCAGAGUGAACUGGAGGGAAGGAGGAAACAUGCCUUAGAAGAAUUCCGGGAUGACAUAGAAUUCAUUGAUCAGAUUGCAGGAGGAGCAAGAGUGAAGGCAGAAGAAAAGCGAAA